AUGGCGCCUCCACAUCGGAAUGAGACAUUUGCUUCCGGGUCGGGUCGUCGCCCCUUUCCUUCGCGAAAUGAUCGCGAUGGUCGUAUGUAUGAUGAUCGUGAGCGAUCUCGUUCGCCUGACCGCGCACGCUCGCCUCGAAGACUCGAGUACUCCCGAGACCGAGAAUCUGGACAAGGCUACAGAAGCCAUGAUCGCGAUGAUUAUCGCCGUCGAAACUCGCGCUCAUCUCCUCAUAGGGGUAGACACGCAUACAGAGACCGUGACCGCGAGGGUUAUCGAAGCGCGAGCGGCAAUCCAAGCCGAAGUCGCAGCCCUCGCCGAGGUCAGCCCCAUAUGGGGCAGGUGAGUCGAGAAGUGAUGAUGGAUGGACUUCCGGCGGACAUGACAGAAGAACAUGUUGCAGCUGAACUCCGAAAUGCUUAUCACACCGACGGCCUAGAUAAAAUUAGGGUUAUUCGUGACCGAGAGACGAAGUUGUCGCGGCGACUAGGGUUCCUGCGAUUUCACACGAUUGACGCCUCACGGGAAUUUGUUGAACGCAACCAUCCUUACAUAUUCUUUUAUGGUCCUACCAACGACCGAAGUACGCAAGUGCGCAUCGCUUACAGCCGCGAGAGAGAAGACCGCCCUCGUGCAAGUGACUGGAACUGCAGGAAGUGUCUCGUUCUCAACUUUUCCACACGUACACAUUGUUUCAAGUGCAGUGACCCACGACCCGACAUGGAUCUUUCUGGCCCCGCUGGAGUUCCGGCUCCCAAGAUAGCUAACGAUGGUGACAAUGAUGUUGCCCCUGAGACUCAGCCUUCCCAGUUCCUCCUGAUCCGUGGCUUGGAGGCAUCUGUCACAGAGGAGCUUCUUGCAAAAGGAGUUUCCAAAUUGUAUCGGCCCUCCGGCAACAAUGACAGUGCCCCUGAUAAUCAAAAGAAGGGAUCAAAGGUAGCCUCGACCACUGGUGACAGCAACCUGGGGGCCCGUGAAGGCUCUCUGCGUCGCGUGCUACUUGUACGUGAUCGCAAAACCAAUGCAAGUUGGCGUUACGGAUUCGCAGAAUUUGCGGGAAUUAAGGAUGCACAAGAUGCAAUGACGCGACUCAACUCUUUCGAGAAAUUUACCAUUUCCUCUAAGCCGGUGUUGGUCACCUACAUCCAUGGCGGAGUGUUUGUUCCUGUCAUGAACGCCCCCUCCGGUGCUAGCUACUACACGUUCAGCCCGUCUAACAACCCCUCUCUGAAGUUGAUGUACUGGGAUGAUGAGGCAUACGUGACAGAACUGGUGCUGUCGACAACAGAAGACGAUGCCGCACAGGAGCAGAAAGCCAACAAGACAGCUUCCAACCACGGAGACGGUCAAGCCAAGGGCACAAAGGACUCUGAUAAAGGAAAAAAGAGAAAGGUCGAUGCCACAACCAGUGCCAGUACCAAGAAGCUUGCAAUGCCACCCCAGCUCCAAUUCUGGAGCGAACGUCACGCUGAGCUACAUGGGAUCAACAGAGAUGAUGCUGGAAACCCCGCAGAGAGCUCGAACUUAGCAGCUCCAACCACUGACUCUGCUGCCCCGGCUACUGAGCUUGCUGCCCCGGUGACUGACUCAGCUGCCGCACCAACUCCAUCAUUUGCCGACUGGGGCAAGCUCCGCUGCCUCUUGUGCAUGCAAGAUCUUGUUGAUGAGGGACAUCUCAGGUGGCACGAGUACGCCAGUGAUAUCCACCGCGAAAACAUGAAAGAUGUCAAACUGAGAAUCCUCGGCAUGUGUUGGUUGGUUAUUUAUGGUAUUAUUCCCAUGCCAACCCCCAACUACGAAGGCAGCAAGGACGCAUAUCGUGACGAGAUCGAGGAGCGAUAUUGGAUUCCGCCAUCACCCCGAUCCUUCGCCGACCAAAAGCGGAACUGGUGCCUGUUGUGCUUCAGCAAGUUUGAUAGCGCGGAAGAGCUCCACGCACACGACCGUAACAGUGAACACCAUCGGAAUGAGCUGAAAAAUGAAGAGGCCGUGAAGUGGGCCGAGGCCCAGCUUAAGAAGGCGGGUAUCGCCCAGGAUAUCGUGCAGGAGGCCCCCAAAGCCCCAGAAGCUCCAGAAUACCGAGACCGUGCAAAGGAACGACGCAAGGCAUUCGGAAGUGGUGACGCCAAUGUCCGCCAGCAGGCCCCCGCUCAAGAAGAAGAAAAGGAUGAGACUCCCGUGCAGACUACCUCGAUUGGAGCCUCCCUUCUCAGCAAGAUGGGUUGGACCGAGGGGUCUGGUCUCGGUGCUCAGGGAACCGGUGUGACCGAGCCGAUUCCCACUGAAAUCUAUGCCCAGGGUGUGGGACUGGGUGCCCAAGGAAGUCGCUUGGGCGAAGCUACAGAGGAAGCUGGGCGCAACACCAGGGGCCGCUACGAGGAGUUCCUGGAGAAGACCAAGGACACUGCCCGCCAGCGCUACGAGGACAUGGACCGUUCCUGA